GUUUCUCGCUCUCAGUCCUUUGUAUAUCUCGCAUAGACGUGCUGCGUUCUGUGUGCCCACUCGAUGCUCACCGCUCGCGCCCGCGCAACUCUUCUUCGAUCGGCACCGUCCCUCAUCGCUACUACAAAGCCCAUCGCGCGCCUCGCCCGCCCCGUUCUUGUCACUCCCCGCCCCAACCAGCUCCACCUCCACCGCUUCUCCACCAUGCCCAUCCUCCCCGCCGACGUCUCGGGCCGCCCCGAGCUCCCCACCCACGCCGAGCUCAAGCUCUCGGCCGUCGCCCAGCCUACCGCCGACGUCCUGGUCGUCGGCGCCGCUGCUGACGGCGAGACCGUCAAGGUCCUUGGCGCUGACGAGGCCGGCAUCUCGGCCGCCGUUGCCGACAGCCUCAACACCCUCGGCUUCAAGGGCAAGCAGGACGCUACCCUUGCUCUGCCCAUCGACGGCAAGGUCGUCAUCUUUGCCGGCCUCGGCAAGGUCCCCGAGUCGGGUGCCAAGCACGAGUCGCUCCGCCGCGCCGCCGGUGCUGCUGUCCGUGCCGCUGCCGGCCUCGGCAACGUCAAGUCGGUUGCUAUCGCGCUCCCUGCAGCCUCCGCAGAGGCUGUCCAGGCGAUUGCUGAGGGUGCUUCGCUCGGCUCAUACACCUGGACCGCGUUCAAGUCCAAGGACUCGGGCAAGCCCAUCGAGGCCGUCGAGGUUGUGACUUCUGCCGCCGGUGCCGAGGACGCCAUCAAGCGCGCCGACAUUGUCGCUCGCCACGUCAAGCACGCCCGUGACCUCGUCAACACGCCUCCCAACGAUCUCUUCCCUGCCACCUUUGCCGACGUCGCUGUUGCCGCUGGCAAGAAGGUCGCCGGUGUCGACGUCGAGGUCUGGGACGUCGAGCGCCUCCGCAAGGAGAACAUGGGCGGUAUCCUCGGUGUCGGCAAGGGCUCCGAGAAGGAGCCCCGCUUCGUCAUCGUCUCGUACACUCCUGCUGGUGGCGAGAACGCCAAGCGCGUUGCCAUUGUCGGCAAGGGCGUCACCUUCGACUCUGGAGGACUUUCGCUCAAGCCCAGCGCCAAGAUGCACGAGAUGAAGAGCGACAUGGGCGGUGCCGCCGCUACGCUCCACGCCGUCCUUGCCGCCGCGGAGCUCAAGCUCCCCGUUCGCGUCACCGGCUACCUGUGUCUCGCCGAGAACAUGCCCAGCGGCUCGGCCCUCAAGAACGCCGACGUCAUCCGCCAGCGCAACGGCCUCACCACCGAGAUCCACAACACCGACGCCGAGGGCCGUCUCGUCCUCGCUGAUGGUCUCUCGGUCGCCGUCGAGUCCAACCCCGACCUCCUGUUCAACAUUGCCACCCUCACCGGCGCCCAGCUCGUCGCCCUCGGCAUGCGCACCGCCGCCGUCAUGGGCGACGACCCCGCUGUCGAGGCCAUCAAGAAGGCGUCUGCCGAGGCUGGCGAGAACUUCUGGGCCAUGCCUCUGCCUGAGGAGAUGCUCGAGGACCUGAAGUCGACCACUGCCGACUUUAAGAACAUUGGCUCGAUCCCCUGGGGUGGCAUGUGCAAGGCUGGUGUCUUCCUCCAGCAGUUUGCGGGCGACAAGAACAACUGGGCUCACCUCGACAUUGCUGGCCCCUCGGCCAACUUUGGCGCGCCUUACGGCUACACGACGGCCGAGGGCACUGGUUUCGGCGUGCGCACCCUCGUCAAGGCGGCCGAGCACCUCGGCGCGUAAGUGUGAGAGCAUUGGGUAUCAGCAGCAGCAUUGGAUGAAGUCAUAGCACAAGGUAUGAGGGGGCAAGGUUUACUCACCGCAAGGACAACGGGAGCAGAAUGCGUGCGAGUUGACUGAUGCGCCUCGCCCCCGGUCCGCCUGUCUGCAUUUAUAUCGUUCACC